GUCAAAUCUCUCACACCCAUUUUCCACUGACCAAAUCCAUCCAAGUUGAAGGUGAAAUUAUUUUCCUACCUCGUCCAUUAGACUGAACAGCGGUUUGUCCCCGGUUGUUUUGCCGUUUUAGCUAACAUUCCGCCUCGGUAAUAUUCAUCAUCAUGUCAUUAUUCGGUGAGGUUCCUCAAGCCAUCCCAGUGGCGGUCUUCAAACUGUCGAAUGAUUUCAAAGAUGACCCGAACCCCAUGAAGGUGAACCUCGGAGUUGGAGCCUACAGGACAGAUGAGGGCCAGCCCUGGGUGCUGCCCGUGGUUAAGAAGGUGGAGAAGAUCAUCGUAGCAGACAACAGUCUGAACCAUGAGUACCUGCCCAUCCUGGGUCUGCCUGAGUUUAGGUCGUCUGCAUCCAAGAUCGCCCUGGGAGAAGACAGCCCUGCCAUCCAGGAGAACAGGGUGGGAGCGGUGCAAUGUCUGGGGGGUACAGGUGCUCUGAAAAUGGGGGCUGAGUUUCUCAGACGCUGGUACAAUGGGAAUGACAACAUGAAAACACCUGUCUACGUCUCAGCGCCAACCUGGGAAAACCACAACUCUGUGUUUGCCAACGCUGGGUUCGAGGACGUCCGUCCCUAUAAGUACUGGGACGCAGAGAAGCGGGGACUGGAUCUGGCCGGUUUCCUAGGUGACCUGGAGACUGCACCAAAGCAUUCCAUCUUCGUUUUGCACGCUUGUGCCCACAACCCCACCGGCACAGACCCUACACACGUAGAGUGGAUGCAGGUGGCUGAGGUCAUGAAGAGGAGGAAGCUGUUUGUGUUCUUUGACUCUGCGUACCAGGGCUUUGCAUCAGGCUGUCUGGAUAAGGAUGCCUGGGCCGUGCGCUACUUUGUCACCCAGGGCUUUGAGAUGUUCUGUGCCCAGUCCUUCUCCAAGAACUUUGGCCUUUACAAUGAACGUGUGGGGAACCUGACCAUCGUAGCUCGUGAUGCUGACAACGUAAGGAGGGUUCUGUCUCAGAUGGAGAAGAUUGUCAGGGUAACCUGGUCCAACCCUCCCUCCCAGGGUGCCAGGCUAGUCGCCAUCACACUCAACACAGCUGAACUCUUCGCUGAAUGGAAGGAUAAUGUGAAGACCAUGGCAGACCGUGUGUUGUCGAUGAGGGCUUCACUCCAGGCUAAACUGCAGGCUCUGGGAACACCAGGAACAUGGGGCCACAUCACACAGCAGAUCGGCAUGUUCAGCUUCACUGGCCUCAACCCUAAACAAGUGGAGUACAUGAUCAAGGAGAGGAGUAUCUACCUAAUGGCCAGCGGUCGUAUCAACAUGUGUGGUCUGACCACUAAGAACAUCGACUAUGUGGCCAAGUCUAUCCACGAGACUGUUGUCAAUGUCCAGUAGAAGAUUACAAUACCCUUAGCACUGCCCACUCGUCCACCACCAGCAGUGUGUGUGUAUAAUGUAUUAGACCACGGGGGAGCAAAGUACGGGCCACAUCCGGCCCGCGAGACAUUUACAAAAAAUAGAUUUUUUUUAAUACCUUUUUUUCCCUCCCCAAUUUCAUGGCAUCCAAUUGGUAGUUAUAGUCU